AUGAGCCAAGACAACAAUGCCGGCUUUACUGAGGCGGAACUUCGACAGCCUGGUCACUACAACACCCGGCUCAGCGAUACAGACUCAAUGGAUAGUUCCAGCACCGACCUCGGAAAAGGUCAGCUUCAUGCUUUUAAGAAGCAGAAACUGGAUCUCCAAGGCCUGUCUGCUGAUUUCGCCGUGAUUGUGCUGCCGUUUGGUCUUGUUAUUUUCUCUUUUCUCGUCCUGCGCCUCGAUGGGAUUUCCGUCGACAAGGAAAUAUUUGCACAAUGGCAAAAUGCCAUCACUGUUCUUGCCACUCUGUUUCCCAUUCUAUUCGCUGCAAUAUUUGGACGUCUCAUCUACCAGACAGCAAGAUGGAGUCUGGAAAGAGGCACCUCACUGGGCUCCCUGGAGCAGCUAAUGGGCAGUCGAACCGUCGGGGGUGCUCUCCUCACCCAGUUCCAGCUCCGGACCUUGAACCCCCUGGCCGUCUCUCUGAUACUGGUCUGGGCUGUAUCCCCCCUGGGCGCGCAGUCCAUACUGCGGAUGUUCGGCUCCCGACUUGACGAGCGAGGCCACGCUUCGACCGUUGUUUAUUUCGAUACGGAUGCUGAAUCACAGCCCUCGCACAACGACGGAGGACCAUCAGAAUCCCACAUUGAAUUCUUAUCAUUCUUGGGGACCAUGUUUGGCGCUGCCCUCCUUUCGCCCAAGUCAAUCAAGACGGACUCAAUGGACGUUUGGGGCAACGUCAAGAUCCCCUUCCUCAAGUCGCACGACAAUGAUAGCUGGCAGAGUGUCUCGUGGAGUCCCAAGCUCGAGCAUCACUCUGCUCUCGUUGGCGUCCCGGUGGCCAACGUCUCGAUGGGGAACACUACCUUCUCUCUCGAGUCGAGCUACAUUGACCUCAAAUGCUACAACUUGACCGUGAUUGAGACGGAUGACGUUACUCAGUACCGCGACUUUGACUGGCCCGACUGGGACUCGCCAGGGCCUUUCAAGAACGGUACUUGGUACGGCUUCAACAACACGUUCCAGGACGAACAUCGUCGUUCCUGGGCCAUUGCCCUGAACAGGUUUGUCGAUGUGUAUUGGGCCAACAGGACGCUGUUGAUGCAAAGGGCGAGGGCCAUGCGACCCUCCAGCCCAUCAGAGGCGGCCCGGACCCGACCUGCCAUCUUUGCGAACGAGACAGGGAUCGAGGUCAAACCGGCAAAGCUCUACUUCCAGUCCAUUCUCAGCAACGCGCUGAUGUGGGACACACCCGGCCUUACAGCUUACUGUGAUAUCUCACAAAAGUAUGUCGAGUCUCGCGUGACGUGCCGACGGACGAGCUCGACCAGCCAGCAGAACUGCACCGUCACGGCACAGAGGCCUUCGCAAAGACAUCACGCGCCCGAGGCCAUCACCCCCCUCUCGUUCCCUGCCGUGUUUCGGUGGAUAUCUAAAUACAUGCCACUGGCAACGGCAGUACGAAACUCUGGAGUUUGUGACCUCGCUCUGCAGUACAUGGACGAGCCAGCCCUAGAUACAAUGAACAACGACGUAUCUUACUCUCUUAUCAAUAUUGAUGAAGAGAUGCUCAGUCUGCGGCUAAGCCAGGUGCUAAACACGUAUAUACUCCUGGGCCAGAUGUAUCUUCGAGCCGUCGGCAGCACCAAAACUAGCAUAUGGGUCAAGGACAAGUGGAACGUGACAACGCCGGUCGAGGUGGUCAACCUGGUCGAGGUCUACUCGGUCACGGGGCUGUGGAUGGGCUUCUGCAUCUUCUCGUGCAUCGCGCUCAGCGCCAGCGGGAUCCUCAGCGUCUUCUUCACUCACCUGGCCAGCGGGCCCGACGUGCUCGGGUACGCGUCGACGCUGGUGCGGGACUCGCGGUACAUCCAGAUGCCGCCCGAGACGGGACAGAUGGGCGGGGCGGACAUGACAGUCGAGAUGAGGGACAUGAGGGUCCGGUAUGGGUUCACGGGACAGAACUCCAAGGGGCAGGUGUGGGUGGGAGUUGGGCGGGAGAAGGAGACGAAGCGAAUAAGAGAUUACCUCGCACAAGACUAG